CGUUGCGGAUCACUUUCCUCACUCUCCUUUUUCCUUUUUAUUUUGCAUUGAUAUUACACGUAUAAUAUAUUAUCAAUUUAUCGCUGCAUCAAGGCCGAUUUUUUGCGUUAAUACUACAGUCAAGUCGUGAGCAAGACAUCUGCAAGGCAUUCACACUUUGUGGUAAGGUGACGAUGUUAUCGUCAACACUAUUACAGGAUCCGCAGCGAACAUGUGCGCAUUCGUGAAAAUUGCGAUUGUUUUGAACGAGGAAGAAGAAAUAUUGUUUUCUAAAACUCUUCUGCGAUAUUGGAUUCGAUUCGCCCUACAUCGACAGUCUUGAUCGUCUUAAAAAUGAUCGCCACGAUCAUGACCGCGGCUUGACUUGACCGUGUCCUUCCAAUGAGAAUGAAAUUGUUGACUCGGCCGUGACUGAACUUUGCCCAUCACGUUUAAUGUGAAUCGGACUUUAGCCUGAUAAAAAGUAACCGUUCUCCAGAAAGAGACAGUAGUUAGAUUGCGAAUUGAGAAAUACCCAUGGUUAUGCUGUAUCCCUUCGUCCUUUGGACGGGAUCAACUAGAUGUGGCUUCCAACGCCGGGUCUCGCUAUGCUUCCGAUUUACCGUCGAUGGACGUUCCGGAAAAGCCUGCACGGAUCAGUGCGAGCGUUCGUCAAGUACAUCCGGUUUGUGAGGAUAAAGCUCAAGUGCUCGCGUACGAGAAGGACGCGUGCGUGGUCGCAAUCGACUCGAUCCCCCCGCCACCCCCACCACCUGUUUCGGCCAGUCAUCGCGGUAUGAUUAUCGAUCAUUGCGGAUCGAGUCCGGUGUCUGCGCAGACGCAGACGUUCGCGCAGUACUAUUCGAAACGCGCGAGCACAGAUUCGAAUCCUAGUCCGGUCGCGUAUCCCCUCACGCCGAAUAUAUGUGUCGAGUCCGGUCGAAUCGAGUUUAUUAAAACGAGUGUAGAUGUCGCGACGAUCGAUGCCGUCGCGACGCCGCCCACAACGCCUAACAAAACCCAAGAGAGAAUUACAGUGACGCGAGGCUCACAAACAGAAACGAUCGGCGACGAAAAACUAUUACACGAAGCUAAGGAGAAAUUGGAAAUCCGGGUGGCACAGCUCGAGGCGUCCUUGGAAGCGGCCCAAACGGCCGAACUUCGCGACAGGCAAGUUCUCAGCAAACUGCAGAGACAGCUUUCUAGGAGGGAAUCAUCUCAAAGGGAUGCCGAUCGAGAACGGAGACUUCGAGCAGAGAGUGAAGCUCGGACAAAGCAGGCGCUUCAGGAAGCGGCACGAUGUCGGGCCCGACUCAGGCUGCUCACCAACGAGUUCACUAGGAUGGAAGAGACUGUUCGGUCAAUGCUUGUUUAUAAGAGUAGAUCGGAACAGCUUCGACAAGAAAAGACUGCGCUAACCGUGGCAUUUGAGAAUCGCUGUCAGCAAUACCAGAAUACAAUCACUAGAUUGAACAAAGAGAUUUCGUCUUUACGAGAGCAGCUAGACCAAAUAAAUUUGGACCCAUCUCUUAGAGACGGAGCCGUAGCAGCCCAAACAGCAGCUCUUCACAAACAAGCUGAAGAGUCCAGAAGACAAUAUGAGCGUUGCCUAGAUGAUGUGGCAAAUCAAGUAGUCAAAGCUCUGUUGGCUCAAAAGGGCUUGAAAGAAGAGAUAUCUAAUCUAAACAAACGAAUCCAGGAUUUAGAAUCACAAAAUCGUACUCUUACAUCAAUGUUAGUGCAUCAGCUCCAAGGAGAUUCGACGUCCUUGUCGGAUUCCGAAUUGUCACCUUCUCGACAUCUUGCGCUUGAAGAAUACAAAGACUACGACGCCACGUCGACGGAUGCUUCUCCUUCGCAUAUUCUUACUACCAAGCAGUCAUCUGACAUGAAACACUGUAACUCCUUUAAUUCUGAUGUUUUGAACGAGACUAAGUCCGAAAGCUUCGUAAAGAUGCAUGAAAAACAUUUAUCUGCUGAUUCCAAUGUGGUUGAUAAUAAGUUGUCCUUGGAAGACAAAAAACGACAUCAGGUGCUGACGAGGUUGUGGACGGAACUGAAAGGUGCAGAGGUUACUCCUAAAAGACUUUUGGAAGCCCUUUCUGCUGUAGAUCCGUCAUUUCGUCUGCCUCCUCAAAGGCCUGUUUCUUUAAAUCUUCACCUGCCUAUAUUUCAAACGGCCAAAGGUACCUUCAGAUCGCGGCCAGUCUUGGCCCAAACUUGUUCCAAAAGUGAAGAAGAAACUAUUGGUAACGAAUCUCCUGAAAGUGGAAAUCGUGACGAAGGAUAUUCCACAAUGUCUUCCGAUGUUCAAGCCGAAGUUACUAAACCAUCAUCCGAAGUUACGGUAUGUGCACGAGGUCUGGAGGAACUCAAAGAAGCAAUAGAUGAAACUGACAUUGUCGAAAGUAGACUUUUUAUAGCCGAAGCAAAGGAACCGGACGUUUUAUAUAUUCCCAUCAAUUUAUUAAGUUUGAAUCCGAGAAAUAGUUAUCCUCCAACCAAAGACAUCCUUCCUUUCCAACACAUAAUGCGCAGCUUUUCCGAUUCACAUCUGUGUAUCAAGAUAACAACAUCGCCUAGUCCAUGUUAUUCGUUAAGUUCUCCGAUAUCUAGCAGUCCUAGUAUACUUUUUCUUGAUAUUACCGAAAAGAAGUAUAAUCCUCUCAGAAGGACAAAGGCCACGAAUAGUUUGGUCGCAACCACUACUACACCAGAUUUUUUUGACGAUCCGUCAUCCCCAGCUCUCGAAGAACACUUGGAGCUCACCAGCUGGGAUGCCGAGUAUAUACAACACUGGCUUCUUUUAGACGAAACAAGAUCUGCCAUCCAACAACACCAACGUGAUCUUUUAGAAUUAGAAUACGAUCGAACAGAAUUAGAAGACUGGAGUCUAAGUCUUUCCUCUGACGAUGUUCGUGCAGAGCAGUUGGUAAAAAAAUACGAAUCGGUAACCACUCCCAGUCAGAUAUCUUUAUCUACGUUACCCAGCAUUCAAGAGAACAACGCUCUCGAAUUGGAAGAAGAUGCAAACGAAUGUUUAUGGAAUGGAUCCAGUUAUAUGAUGGAUGGUGAUGGACACGAAAUAGUAACGUUAUUAAUGGAUGCUGGUAGCAGUGUACAAGCGGAAAAACAGUGGCCAUAUGCGGUAGGAGGAACAGGGAAUAAUUCACAAAUGGCCAAUUCGCCCGAAAACAGCAGUUGGUCAAGCAACGGGUCAGAUUGCUGUCACUCUUACGAACCGGAAACGUGUUCAAAACGAUCUUCGGCCGCUCUGAGCGGUUGUAGCGAUGAUACUAGCGAAAUGCCAGCCAUAGGAACUGAUUUUACAAGAGAUUUUUAUAGGUUAGUAAAAUUCGAAAGUACUAAAAGUUUGGCGUCGACAUCAUCUAGAAGUCUGGGAGGUGCGUUAUCGGAAAAUGGGGAUCGUGAAAUGGCACUACAAAACGUCCUUACAUUUAUAGCCGAACAACAGAAGUAUACGCAAAACAAAGACUCGCGCCCAUGUUCCGUUACUGAAAACACUAAAGACUUUAACGUUGAAGGCCCACAACCUGCGUCGCAAUGUUUGGACGAUUCAAAAAACUCCGCAGUCGCCGACGAGAACUACAUUAAAGUGAAACAUUUAACCUCUGAAUUGUCUGCAAACGUAAAAGCCGAGGACCUAAAGUACUGUAAUAUUUCCUAUGCGGAAGAAGUGUGUUUAGUGACGCCUUUGGAUGUGGAAAGUGAAAAUUGUUCUAACAUAUGUGUACAUCCAGUUGACAUUUGCAGUAGCGUUAAUGUCGAUGCAAUAUCAUCGUCGAUGGUAGACAUGACGUCAGAUCACGUGGAUCAAAAUAGUGUUUCUAAUGAUAUUAAUAAGUCUUGUGACAGUGAUAACACUAGCGCGACGACUACUGCUACGACCCCUAUGAGUGAAUCGCUCACGUCUACUAUCAGCACCUCUGACACCGUAGUUUCCAAAAUUCCACGGUUGAAACCGACUGCUUCUAAGAUCCCCGUGAGUCCAAAUCGAGUCUCCAAAACCUCGCCCAUUAGUAACAAUAACAAUAAAAAUAAUAACAUCAACAAUAAUGAAAAAUCUCCGAAACUUCCCAGGAGUAAGAUUCCUUAUAAGAAAUUGUCAACUCCUACUAAAAAUCAAGCGCAGCCCAAAAUUCACGACCAGUCGAAAAGUGCAAACGAAGAGGAAAAUAUUCAUGUGAUAACGGCCGAGCGCCUUCCCCGAUUUAAUCCUUGUGAUGCUGGUAGCGUCAUAGAAGGACCUCCUCAUCGAGCAAUAAGUUUUCACGAACGCGCAACUUCUAAAGAUGUAAUCGACGAAUUAAACAGAAUAAUUCAGAAAGGAGACGACGGAGUACAACAGGGCAGAGAAGACAUUAGUGGUGAUGAUAAUAUGAGCAAUCCAAAAUUGGAUGAGAACUGUAAAGCUACUGGUUGGAUCCAUGUAGAAAAGGAUAUCGAUCUCACCGAUCCCAAGGCAAGAGCGAAUUUAUUGGAUGUUAUGAUGGCGUCUGUAUCAAGUGAUUCUUCGCCAACGUCGUCAUGUGGUGGGAGCAUAACUAGCGAUUCCAAUGAAGAACCUCCAGACUAUGGACAUUUACAUAGGAUUCAUAAGUUUCACAGACAAAAGAAAGUCCAUGCUCAUCGGCCCGAACUGGCCGUUGUGCGUAUGCCCCCCAACAACGCCCGCCCAUCGAUUAUUGGUCGUCCCGACUUUUACGUUAGAUACGGCGAGAAAGAACGAGAAGCUGUAGCGUGUUUCGACUUUUUAGACAACUUCAGUAAUAGUAGCAGCAGUAGCAGCGACAAUUGUUCCUUGCAUCACAACGACGUCGAGAAAUGUAUUGUAGGUAAUGACAGGGACGGGCAUCACAAGGGGAUGAUUCAUGCUUGUUAUAAAGAUAACGACGGCAUGAUGGUAAAAAGCUAAUGAUCGUCGCAAAACAUGAGAAAUCCAAAGAGCAUUUAUAUAUAAAUAAACCACGUUUUUUGUA